AAGAAGAUGAUGAUGUUGUAGUGUAGAGAGAGAGAGAGAGAGAGAGAGAGAGAGAGAGAGGCGCCCCCAUAGGUGAGUUCUCAAAUCGCUUCUUCACGCUGUGUGAUUCUCGUCUUUUGCCCCUUCCUCUUUGACCUAGAACGAGAUCGAUUUCUCCUUUUUUUUUUGGGGGGGGGCGCGGGGGGUCUUUGCACAGGGAUUUUGUUUGUAUGGUUUACCGGAACUGAUUGCAACCGAGGCUGCUCGCUGAAUCGUGCAUUUGUCGAAGCAAAUCGCAGGAUCUAUCGGUGCUUAAUCUUCGAUUUCAUGGCGAUUUUCUGAAGCCUUCGUGAGAUCGAUUUGAUUCGAUCGAAAGGCCCCAUUUGAUCGCCUGUUGAAUCGUUGAUUCAUAGGUUUUUAGAGGCGGUUUUUUUUUUUUUUUCUUCAUUCGCUCUCUCUUCAUUUUGUUUUUUUGUUUUUCUGAUCUAAAAAUUACGAUCUUUAACAGGCUUCUUAGAUCUCCUUCUAUUGAAGGAGCUAUAAACAUAGUAAAGUUUUUUUUAAAAAAUCGAAUUUUUGGAUCUGGGUCGGCUUUACUUUUUCCUUCCGAGCUGAAUCCGAGCUGAAUCCGCCUUUCCCUUUUGGUUCUCCGAGAGAUCUGAGUGGUAUCAAGUGGUGUUUUGUUGCCAAUUUUUGAUAUUUUGUUUUCAAAUUGAGGGGAUUCAACUAAUGUUUGAGGGCAAUUCGUCCCCGAUCUCGAGAUUCUUCCUUAGCUCCUGCGACUACAAAUCCGAGUGGGCUUGUAUGGUUUCCCAACUCUUCGAUUCCUCGAAAGGCAAACGCCCGCUCAACCGGCCAGGGGACGAAGAAGAAGAAGAUGAUGAGCAUUCUAGACGGGGGAGAAGAAAGAGGUCCCCUCAACGCCCUCACACCCCUGAUAUCGACGAGAGCGGCAGUGAUACCUCCUAUGACCCAAACUGCCUCAUCAAUCCAAUCGGCCGUGAUCUCACCCUUAACUGCCUCCUCCGCCUCUCGCGCUCGUAUUACGGCGCGGUCGCUUCCCUCAACCAUAACUUCCGAACCUUAGUUCGGGAUGGCGAGCUCUAUAGAAUAAGGCGGCAAAUGGGUAUCACCGAACAUUGGGUAUAUUUCUCUUGCGAUGGCCUUGAAUGGGUGGCUUACGAUCCUUAUCGCAGGCGGUGGAUUAAUACUAUUCCGAGAAUAAUAGGACGUAGCGAAUCGUUCAACUCCUUCGAUAAAGAAUCCCUUGCCGUUGGCACAGAGCUUCUUGUUUUUGGGAUGGACAUGUUUUCCCAUGUAGUUCUUCGGUAUAGUAUUCUUACAAACACCUGGUCUAUGGGAGCUGUGAUGAACUCGCCGAGGUGCUUAUUUGGUUCGGCGAGCUUUGGAGAGAAAGCUAUUAUAGCUGGUGGGACUAACACUAAUGGUACUAUAUUAAGUUCCGCCGAGCUCUAUAACUCCGAGACGAAAACUUGGACUACACUGCCUAGCAUGAUUCGAGCUAGAAAAAUGUGUUCGGGCGUGUUCAUGGAUGACAAGUUUUAUGUUAUUGGUGGAAUGGCUUCCAAUACGCAGGUUCUGACCUGCGGCGAGGAGUAUGAUUUGGAAAGAGGUUCUUGGCGGGUGAUUGAGAAUAUGUCUGCCGGCCUCAACGUGGUAGCUGGCUCGCCACCACUUGUUGCCGUUGUGAAUAACGAGCUCUACGCCGUGGAUUACGCCGAGAAUAAGGUAAGGAAGUAUGAUAAAGAGAACAACACAUGGAUUACGCUAGGGGGUUUGCCUGAAAGGUCGGUUUCUACCAAUGGGUGGGGUUUGGCGUUUCGCGCCUGUGGUGACCAGCUGAUCGUGAUUGGAGGGCAGAGAACGGCAGGGGGGCGCCUGAUCGAGCUCAAUUCAUGGGUCCCAAAUGGGGCCCCUCCAGAGUGGGACAUGAUUGCCAGCCGCUAUUUGGGGAACUUUGUUCACAAUUGUGCCGUGAUGGGCUGCUGAUUUUUCCGUUGUUGGAAGGAUGCACAAUACUGGAUUUUUCCUUGGAGGGCUUAAAUACUGAUUAUGCCUAAUUGGUAAUUUCUGCCUAUUUUUUGGAAUUCAGAUUCAACUGAAGAUUUGGUAGAACAGUCUGAUGUAACUCUUCUGAGUUUUUGUACUUCUUUUUUAUUUUUUUAGUAAUCUCUUCAUUUAUUUACAUUUCCAAAGGCCUCUUACUGUUAUGUUAAUAAUUUGAUGCAAUUACAAUUUUAGUAUGUCUUGAAUCCAUUAUAAAGUGUUUAGUUGCACUGGGUAUUCUUAUA